CGUGCACCAACGGUUCGGGAACACUUUUCAACGGUUCUGACGAGUAAUUUGAGAAUAUCAUGAGAAGGGUCACAUUUCAAGGCAUUACGGCUGUGGAUCAUCUGGAAAUGGAAGAGGCAUUCUUCACCCUACCGAUUAACCCCAACAACUUCCCCGCGAAACUUUGGUGUCUAGUGAACAACCCGAAGAAUCGCUCGAUCCAUUGGGAUCACACUGGCCAGGGCAUCAUAAUAAAUCAGCAGUUGUUUGAAACAGAGCUGUUAUCCCCAGUGAAGUCCAUUGGGGAACCGAUUUUUAAAACCACAAAUUUUACGAGCUUUAUUCGUCAGCUAAACCUUUACGGAUUCAGGAAGGUAGAGCUGAGUCCCGGUAGCGCGGACAAAUUAGGAGACGGCGAUCUUAUUAUAACCGAGGGGGUACAGCAACAACAACACCGCUUCCAAAACCCCAAUUUCAAACGAGACCAUCCUGAAUUGCUUGUAAAUUUAAAACGAUUAACCACCAGCAACAAGGCAAAACUUGAAGCCGGAUUAGAAGUUAACUGCAGACCCCCGAGUCGCAUUCAGCGACUUUUAUCCAAUGCACAUGAAGAGGACAAGAGCAAAAUAGCAAAACAUGGUUCAGUGUUUGUCGGACAGGUCCGUCGAGGAUUCCACAACGGUAACUCUCCCCCCUAUCAGUACCACCCUAAUAGACCGCAUUCACUGAAAGGCUAUGACCGGACCCCAAUCCCACAGCGCGCCUGGGUCGUGGGACAUGGCGAUUCCGCUUCCCCCACAACUUUUUUCACGGACAAAGGGAUCCCAGUGUCAGUCAUUCAGCGUUUUCCCAAUGACACAGCUUGCUCGGCACAGUCCAGCCCAACCACGAAGCAUGUUCAACAAGGUUCACAAGGCCUGUUAGCUCCUGGACAAAAAUACAACAAUUUUAUCCCUCAUCAUGCCCAAUUUGGCCCUGGAUUUUAUACUACAGCAGUGUGUCAGUGCUGUUCCUCUGGGUCAGUAAAUCCCAACAUGACAGCAUGUGUCCACCAGCCGACUUCAUCUUUCUCACAAUAUAACUAUUACCAGCCCAACUACUCUAUGGGGUUCUUGCACCCUGGUAGCCAGGACUGGCAGAACAGUGGAAACGAAGAUGUCAAGAAGAACGACGUCAACCUGGAAACGGUCUUCCAGAUCGUCGACGAGCUGCAAGUUUCCCCCAAACCUUCCAUGGUCAAAGUGGAAAGUCCCGAGGAGUCUGAAGUGACGUCUGCAUCAGAGCAGGAGCUUUCCACGACGGUCAGUCUGAGCACGAUCGGUACUGCAGGCAGCACUCCAGAGACGGUCUCACAGAACGAGCAGGAGCGGAGAUCGCCGUCCCAAGAGUCCGGCCAAUCGGCUCCUUUGGAUUUCUCACAGAGAGUGUUGAAGAAUGUGGAGAAUCUUUCCAGAUGCCUUGGAAAGACAUUGGAGGCCUGUCCGUCAGAACCCAGCUGUAAACUAGAGGAAGUGUCAACUUCCCCGAGCAAAACCAAAGACAGGAACACCAGACAACAAAAGCCUCUUGAUCUCUUGGUUGAAGUGGCUUGCAAACAACAAUCCUGAACAUGAAGAGCAGAUGACCUUUGAAACACCGAAUCCAAACAAAUGUCUCAGUGAUCUUUAUAUUUUAUCUUACAACACUGGUCAAGCUUCCUCCUGCCAAUGACCUGCAAUGAGAAUAAGAAUAUUUUUCAUUUACUCCAAAGGCACUGAAGUUGGUUUAAUUAGCUCAUAGUUAUUGAGUUAUCAAUCAAAAACAAGUAUUUGCCUUUUCAUUAAAAUGAAAAUACCAUGUACAUAGUUCAUCUUAAUGGGUCUGCUGUUGUUUUUUAGAGUAUUUAUUCUAACUUAUUGUUGUAUUUUCUUACAUUGUAUUUUAUUCAUAUUUCAAGCAUAUUCCGUAGUUUUCCGUUCAGGUAGACGACUACAUUGGCCACGGUGAUAUUGUGGUAUUUUUAGGGCUGUAUUUGUGAAGGCAUGUCAUUGCCUUUUACUUCUCGCUUGAGGCUUAUAGCUGACAUAUUUAGUAUAACUGCAAGUUAUCCAGGUAAAUACAAUGUCUCAUUUAUUUAAUGUUUGGUAGACAUUCUUGAAGCUAAUACAUUGCUUAUUUUAAAUAAUAUAUACAGUACUGAAUAUUGUUGAUUGUCUAAAAUUGUAUGCAAUA